AUGUUUUCGAAAGUCUCGAUGAAGGCCGUCACUUACGAGGAAGGACUAGACUUGAUGAUGGACUUUUUGUUUCCGCUUGCGUAUUUGAACAAGCAAACGGCGGAAGGACGAACUCGAAGAGAUGACCUUCGAGAUUUUUUCGCAUCCUGGCACAAUAGACCACGAAGACAGUCUCCGGUGGGAGCUUUAGGUCAAGUAUGCGCUGCAGUAGGACAUCACUGUUCGGAUUCAAAUCUUGAAAAAAUCAGUCAAACCCUUUCCCCUGGCAAGAUAGCGGUGGUCUUGGGGGAGAGAGAUGAAAUGAUCUACGCAGUGAGGUCGCUACAAUUGCAAGACCGACUACCAGGCUCCGAAUUAAUUGUCUUCAAGGACGGGGGUCAUGCACUCAGCUGUCAAUUUGGUCAAGAUUUCAACUCGCUAAUGGAGAGAAUCAUGAUGGAAGGGAACCAAGCCUUCCCUCUUGAGAAAGAAUCCAAACAUCGCCCUUCCGACAAUAAUCUAUGCAACCGGAGCUAA